CGCGCCGCCCCCGCGGCAUGAUCCGCGGCGCCUGGAUGUACCCCCGCGGGGGCGCCGGCGGCGGGGCGGUGUGCUGCGCGCCGCGCCGCAGCGACAAACCCGUGGCCGACCCCGAGCGGGCGCAGAAAUGGCGCCUCUCGCUGGCCUCCCUCCUCUUCUUCACCGUGCUCCUCUCCGACCAUCUGUGGCUCUGCGCCGGGGCCAAGCUGCGCGCGCGGGAGCGGAGCGGCGCGGGGAGGCCGCGGGGCCGAACGGCCCGAGCGCUGCAGGAGCCGCCCGCCGGCAGCUGCGAGGCGUUCCUGGGCAACCUGAGCCGCGCGCCGGGCCCCGCGCCGUGCCCCGCAGCCCGCGCGGACCUGGACUCGGCGUGCGCCCGGCUGCACUCCCUGCAGCGCCUGCUGGGCUCCUUCGCCGGCGUGCCGCUGCGCUCGCCGCCCGCCACCGCCCUCUUCUCCUCGCCCUCCUCCAAGAGGAACUUCUUACAGGCGUACUUUAGGAACUUCAACCUCUCCUUUUGUGAUACUUACACGAUCUGGGACCUGCUGCGGGAAAUGGGAGGCCCGGACAGCUUGGAUUGCAGCGUGGAGAACCUGAUGGUGGAUCUGGUGGCGGCGGCGGCGGGCGCGCUGGGCGGGGAGGCGUGCAGCAGCUGUGUGCAGGCCUACCAGCGCCUGGACCAACACGCUCAGGAAAAAUACGAGGAGUUCGACCUCUUGCUGGAGAAGUACCUGCAGUCGGACGAGUACUCGGUCAGGUCCUGCAUCAGAGACUGCAAGGCUGUCUACAAGGCCUGGCUGUGCUCCGAGUAUUUCAACGUGACGCAACAACAGUGCCGACACCGGAUCCCAUGCAAGCAAUACUGCCUGGAGGUGCAGACCAGGUGCCCGUUUGUGUUACCGGACAACGACGAGCUGAUCUAUGGAGGCUUGCCUGGCUUCAUCUGCACGGGGCUGCUGGAGAGCCAGCUGCCCGAGGAGGAGGCCAAGUGCUGCGAGGUGCAAUGGGACUCCUGCGACCACCCCCCGGACAGCAGCUCCGACACAUCCCCCAAAUCCACGGCGUCAGAGUCGCUCCAUUACCACCGCCACGACCCCCACCUCCAUCACCAGCGGCAGAACCACUACCAUCUCUACCACCACCACCAGUACCACCACUCCCCGUCCUUGCUGCCGGUCUCCGCAGGGUCUCGCCUGGGCAGCAGCAGGAUCCGGCUGUGCGUGCUGGUUCUGAUGCUCCUCCACACCAUGGUGUCUUUCUCGAGCGUGCACGGCGGCGGCGGGGGGCUCGGCCCAGAGACCCUGCCCUCCUUGGAUGAGAGCGUGGCGCGGGACGAGUGAUGCGGAAGGCAGAGCCGACCUCCGAGAGGAAACGCCAGAUCUUUUUCCACGAAAGGGGGCACAUGCUAUUCCUCCAAUGGGAGGCACGGGAUCGGGGGUGACGCACACAGACACACCCCCACACAUUACCCCCAAGAGCUGCUCGCCGCGGGGCAUCCCCGUGAUGAAGAGUCUCUAAUGCGCACAGGGCUGCGGGACUCGGCGGUGAGAAGGGUUCAGUCAGCAGCAGCCAGGUGGUUCGGCGUGGGGCGGGAUGGGGAGCGGAGGGGGUGGGACCCCUCGGGAGGUGGCCCCAUGGGUACCACAUGUGCCUUGGGUACCCACCAGCUAUGUGCCAGGAGCGUGGAAAUCAGCCUAACCCCCGUUUCUCUUCUGUCCAUAAAGCCCAGCACCCCGUGGUCCCAAAUGGGUGGGAGGGUAUGGAGACAGCAUCUCUCCGCAACCCUCCUCUUCCCGUCCCUGGGGAAAACCCAACAAGGCAAGGCAGUCCCUACACGGCCUGGCCGGGCUCCUUCUGCUGCUGGUGGUGCUGGCGGGGCUGGAGGAUGCUGCCCUAUGGUGCUGGUGGGGUCGGUGGGGCAGGAGGAUGCUGCGCUGUGGUGCUGGUGGGAUUGGUGUCGCUCGGCCCGGCGCUCCCUGCUUUGCAACAUGAUGGUUCCAUUUACCAUCUCUUGCUUGCUUUCCCCACGGGAGAGGCUGCUCUCGGGGAGGCGUUAGGGAGACGUGGUGAAGCUGAGGGUGUCUUCAGCUUGCAGUGGGAUCAAGGCUGGUAACAAUUGGAUGAAAGGCUUCAGAGGGCAUCCUUCCAUGCUUCGCGGCCACAAAUCAUCUACUGGAUGGCAGAAGGACUGGGUGAAGGGCUGGAGAAAUCUGGCUGGUAGGGAUGGUCUCCCACACAGAGCAGAGGCGCUAAUAAGGCCCAGCUGGAGAAGGGAGUUCUCCCAAAUGCUUUUUAUCAAUAGUUGCCCCCAGAUCAGAGAACAUUGAGGAGCCCACCCGGGGCAGCGGCGCUCGCUCAGGCAAGGUGCAGCCUCAGUCAAUGCAGACUUUUUAUACCUGAGUUCAGCAUUUCUGGGCCCCAAACAGACACCAGGUCCCUCCCUGCCACGAAGCUUCCAAAUUCUCCAUCCGCCCACAGGGCUCUGCAGGCAGCACGGAGGAGGUGGGGAAGCAGGCUGCAGACUGCUGCAGGGCGCUGCGGUCACAGCGCGGGUGCACAUCUGCUGCUUCCAUCCCUGCCCCUUCAGGUCAGCUCAGGGUAGGGUCAGGGUGGCCCUGUGGAAGACAUGAGGAUUGUCCUGCUGUGCCCAGACCUGUGCCAGGGCCCUGUGGAGCAGUGGGGAGGUUCAGGGCGGUGAGCAUUUCUGGUUCCUGGUCUGGUGAGGUGAAGCAAAGCCCCGUGCACAGUGCUGCUUCUGACCUGGAGGAGGGCAGCACCAGGAACCUUGCAGGAAAGGCUGCUCUCGAUGUUUCCAGCCCAUUCACAGACCAAAGAGGCUCUGAAAAGCAGCUGAAUGUGUGACUUGUGCUUCGACUCGAACCUCAGAGCUCUGGGGAGAUGUUUACACACUACCAGUUACCUGUUACCAAAGUCCUGAGGAUGCAGAGCCCAUGGACUUGUUGUGCAGGGCUGUCGGGCAGGAGAGCUCACACUUGUGGGAGGUGCAGAGCGUUUCCCAGGCAGAUUCUAUUACGGAUGGCACCCAGGAUGGAUAGGCAGGGAGAUUCUUGUUUGAAUAUUCACGGCAGCAUCCCUGUAUUUGCGGUCUGGUUUACACCAAGCUGGGAACUCAGACGUGCAGCAGCUCAGCAAAUAGGAGUGGGGCCGCUCCGUUCACUGCGGCACCGCGGCGUUGUGGCGAAAAGCGAAGGCACUCAGCAAGAGCGAAGGAGGGAGAGCAGCCGCGUCCCUUUCCUUCUUAAGGAAAUGAGAUUCUUCACGUACUGCCAAGAGUGAAGCUGAUUCCAGGCGCCUCUCCCCGAGAUAGGCUGUGUCCAAUCUGGGAGAAAGCGUGGCCCCGCGCGGUGCGUCAGCGUGCGGCCCUGACUCAGCUCUGCUCUUUCUCUGCCCGCAGCUUGCUGGGGGUGCUGGGCCUCUGCCCCACGGCUACACAGAGCGACAGCAGCGGGAACAGCUUGGGGACGCUGCAUCUGGGUGCGGGGAUGGGGAUCCCAGGCAGGGAGCAGCCAGCUCAGGGUGCUGCUGUGAGGGGCCGUGGCAUUACCUAGUGUGACUGAGGAAAGUGCUGAGUCUUCACAGAGCGGGGCUGUUGGAAGGAGUUCUUUUAUUUAGCAAGUCUGGGCUGCUGUCAAUAAGUUCUGUGGUUUUCGGGCACCAUAUGCUGUAUUCAACGCUUUGCCAAUGGCGUUAAACAAAUCCAGACGUGGCUGUUUGAGGAGCGGGACGGAGCAGCUGGGAGCUGUGCGUGGCGCAGUCUGACACUGUAGGGCCAGCAGAUAAAGAUCUUCCCUCUGCCCUGACGCUGCAACCCCGAUAACCCUCCGCAUCAGCCUUGGCUAGAAGAGAGAAGCAGAAAGCAGACCGGGCGCAGGCUCAGCUGAUAACCCCACGGUUCCCCUUUCAGAGCAUCCCCGGGGGAGCGCAGCCCCACGCAGCCCAUGCAGGAACUCAGCCCACGGAGCUCCUCCUUUCCUUCCACUCUCCGAUCUGGUUUCUCCCCCCCGGUGCUGGGGGUCGGAUGGUGCUGCAGGGAUGCGGCCACGGCCCGUCUGCUGCGCCAGCCCUCUGCACCGCGCUUUUAUGUCGCUGCCAGUUGUACAAAUUAAUUAAAAAUAACUGAAGAAAAAUCCCAAAGAAAGGCCCCGCUUCCUCUGGUGAAGAUUAAUCAUUAGUUGAGCCUUUUUCUUAUGAAAAUACAGAUCCAUGGUAGCCCCAGGCAAAAGAUUCCCAGGGAGAGCCCUCACCAUUCGUGCUCUGAGUUAGGGAAAUCGCUUUGAAAGCAUCUGACAACUAAAGCAGAACAUGUUGAGUAACUUGGCAACACUCUGAAAACAUCUUGAAAUGGUUUUUGUUCAACACAUUUUGCUUCGCUUCAAUAGGAGAUGUCAGGGCAGUUCAUUCACUGCCGCUCAGGGCUGCGGGCGAUGCCGGGAGACGGCUCCUCUGCAAAGAACUGAGAACCCCGAUCUGUGCUGCUGUGAGCCAGGGCCAGGGUGGUGCUGCCACGUUGGAGCGGCCCGGAGCUCUGCACGGCUGCCUGUCUGCACCCUCAUCCCGCAUCCCCUAUCCUUCAUCCCACGUUCUGCAUCCCACGUCCCGUAUCUCUCAUCCUCCAUCCCACCCACGGCAGCCCUGUUCCCUGCUGCCCUCCCAGCAUCCUCGGAUGCCCGUCUUCAGCUCGCGCUGGAUCCGAUCCGUGGCCACCACCCCAGGAAGGAGCACCCCUAGAAAUUAAGAGACAAAUUUGAAACAGAAAAAUGAUCCGAAGAAAACGGCUGUGAAAAUCUAUGCAACGUGUCCAGCAAUUUUGUUUAUAGGUUUGGGUUUUUUUGUUUUUUGUUUUGUUUUUUUUGAGCUGCCCUAUGAAUUUCCAUCCGUGGGAGCAUAAAUCAUUAUUCCAAGUAUAUUUAGAAUCAUAGAAUGGCCUGGGUUGCAAAGGCCCACGAUGCUCAUCCAGUUCCCUGCUGUGUGCAGGUCACCAACCAGCAGCCCAGGCUGCCCAGAGCCACAUCCAGCCUGGCCUUGAAUGCCUGAAGGGAUGGGGCAUCCACAGCCUCCUUGGGCAACCUGUGAACAGUGCCUCACCACCCUGUGUGAAAAACUUCCUCCUCAUAUCCAACCCAAACCUCCCGUCUCACUUUAAAUCCUCCUGCCCUGUGCCCUGGAUCCUGGCAGCUCAGGGCCCGCAGGCUCCAUCUGGGUCAUUCCUCAAGGAUUCUGUCACAGUUCCUUGCACACACAGUGUUGGAUGUCCGUAGGGUUGGGCUGCAGCUCAGCUCAGGGCGCUGGAAAUGGUGCUGAGUGGUUCCCACCUCCCCAGCAUUCAGAACAUGGGCCCUUCAUGGCCGCCCCAUUGCAGGGAUGGCUCUAACUUUGCUUGCUGUAAAGUGAAACUCACCCUCGGAAAUUUUUCAAUAUAUUUAUUUAUUUACUUUACAAAUUGGCUUCAGCUUAUGAAAUUUGGGUUUGGUUUUGCCAUUUUUAAAUGCAUUUAUUUGGGAGCUGUCCAUGCUUGAAUUGCAAAACAAAAAGCCGUUUCGAGCCAGAUGGCUUUUUGGGUUGUUUCUUCUUCUUUUCAUUUUGAAAUGUAUCAGGAGGCAUAUCGAUAAUUAGCGCUAAUUUUUUUUUUUUUUUCACAUUCAGAAAUGCAUCCAGAACUGCCCUUUCCCACAAAACGUUUCAUUUUCCAAAAAAGAAAGAAAGAAAGAAGAACAAAAAUCAAUCACACUUUUUCUGCUCGCAGUUGGAACUGGUGGCGGUGGAUUUGGAGAGAAUAGCAAUUUGUCAGGAAUUCCAACCAGCUCGACUCAAAAUAGCAAAACAGCACCCAGCCGUUUCUCGGGGGCAGUGGGCUGAGCAGCGCCGUGGUGAAAGCAAACUGGAGAGCUUCCUUCCUUCCUGCCUUCCUUCUUUCCUUCCUCCCUUCCUUUUUCCCUCCUUUCCUUCCUUCCUCCUUCCCUUCCUCCACUCCUUCCUUUCUUCCUUCUUCCCGUCUUUCCCCCUUCUUUCUUUCUCCUCUCUUCCUUCCUUCCUCUCCUCCUCCCUUACUUCUUUCUUUCCCUCUUUCCUCCUUUCCUUCCUUUUUUCCUCCCACCCUUCCUCUCUUCCUUCCUCCCUUCUUUUCUUCUCCUCCCUCCCUUCCUUCCUCCCCCUCAUCUUCCCUUCCUCAUUUCCUAUUUUUCCUCCCUCUCUUCCUUCCUCCCACCCUUCACCUUUUCCUUCUUCCUCUCUUUUCUCCUCCCUUCCUUCCUCCCAUCUUCCCUCCCUCCAUCCCCACAGCUGCAGACCUGACGUCCCACCUGUGGCUGCAGAGAUGCUCCAUUGCAGACACCACUGCAGCCCCGGUGGCCGUCGGCCUCCCGCAGCCACCCCUGUGACCAUGCUCCGUUCUUCCCCAGCCCGUUGCCUCCCAGCUCCUCCCCACCCGCACAUCACUCCUCCGGCACCGAUGGGAAGCCCUCAAACCGGAGCGUUUUCCAGGGAGUUGAAAUAGGAAGGAAUCAGACCCGCGGGUCCGGCAGGGAACCGCAGGGCUCACGGGGAAAAGCGAGCGCUGCAAAGAGCGACCCGAGGGAGCAGAGGGGAGAACAGGGGCAGGGGCGGCCCGUGGGGGCUGAUGGUGACCGAACCCUUCUCACGCGCCCGGGGCCGUCGGUGGACGCGGGGCCUCGACCUGCGGGGCCUCCCGGCGCCGCGAGGUGAACCAACCAUCCUGCUGAAGUCAAAGUACUUUCUAAUCCCCCCCGCCCGGUUUUCUCUUUCUUUCCAGCUUUCGUCCUCUGCCUCCCCCCCGCCCCUCCCUCUGUUCCCACCCCCCUUCUGUUUCUCUUUCUCCCCUCUGUCAUAAGAAAGUGACUGUGUCCUCGAGGGGACGGUUUUCUUAUGCCAUUUUAUACACUGUGCUUCAUGUUUAGAACUUUUUUGCACUAGUUCCUAUUACAUUUAUUUUCCAAACCGGUUUGACAAAAAACAAACAAACAAACAAACAACAACAAAAAAAAACCAACAAAAAAAAAAGACAAAAAAAAAAAAAAAAAUACAAAACCAACCGACAAAACCAACACAAAACCAUGCUAUAAUUCCGUUGUAUUAAAAAUAUUAUCCUACUACUCUCUGUGUUCAAUAGUCUCUGUACCUGUAAUGCUUUCAGUUCUGUUGUAUCCGGGGCAGAGGUUUGCUCCGCUCCUUGUUUAACCCAGUACGGAAAUAAAAUGUUAAGAGUUGACGAU